AGCGCCAGCAUGGACGGCGUGGAUGUGUGGGCCAGCACCUUGGCCCAGCUGAUGGCCAAGAGGAAGCCCCAGGACACCUGGGAGCUGGUCCCCGAGGAGAACCUGGCCUCAGGGCACCUGGACAGCAGCGGUUUCCAGUACCGGCUGCGGGGGCUCUCGAGGCUCCAGUGUGGCCGCUGCCAGUGGGGCUGGUCCUCGGCCCACGUGCACAUCCUCUUCCACCUGUGGUGGGACGAGGAUGCCCGGCAGGGGCUGGUGAAGAUGCGCACCUGGGCCCAGCGGUGCCGGCUGUGCCCGCCGGGCGGGGCCGCCUGCCAGGUCAGCCUGCUCAACGUGCGGCUCUUCCUCAACAAGCUGGUGCAGUCCAUCGUGCAGAAGUGCUACGGGGAGGGCCCAGGCUCCGACCAGUGCCCCGAGAUCUGCUUCGGUGAGCACUGCGAGGCCUGCGACCUGGGGGUCUGCUUCUUCCAGAAGCCCCCGGACCCCGCCUGGGGGCCCGAGGUCAAGAGCCCCAGCACCAUCAAGGGCAGGUUCACCCUGUAUGGCGGCAGCAACGUGGACGCCCCCACCGCCAGCCAACAGCUGCGCACGCUUGGCUGCGGGCUUGUGGUGGACCGCUCCAGGGGCUACACCCCCAACUCCAUCACGGUCCCCCUCUCCGUGGCCGACUUCAUCAAGAACCCCCUCUCCGAGGGCAGGGACUUCUUCGGCGAGGAUGAGGAGAUCGUCACUGUCCCCUUCUCCCUUGUGCGCAAGGACAAGGGGCCCGUGGCCGACCCCGCCGGGCCGCUCAUCGUCGGCAGGGGCUCCCUCUACCUGCCCACCAGUUCCAAGGCCACGUCCAAAGGCAAACGCUUCCCGGUGAACAUCAAAGCCCCCGUCUUCCACGGCAAAGGCCUCCUCCUCAGCGGCACCAAGGAGAUGACGGGCUUCAUCUACAAAGGCCACGGCUGCGUCUCCGACCCUGAUGAAGAUGAAAAUGAAGACGAAGAUGCAGAUGACGGCUGGGGCCCCGCGUUCGGCAGCAGCGGUCCCAUCAUUGAAGUCACUGAGGGAAACGGCCUGCGGCCAAUGACCUACAUCAUCGGCCUCAUGAACAACGGGGAGGGCUCCGUCACCUUCCCCUCUUCCUUGACCAAUGUGGUCCUUGAAGGCGAGGACCCCUUUGACCUCAUCUACGGCUCCCUCACCUUCCCUUUCAUCUUCGCCGACAAGGGCAAAGGCGGGGCUUCCUCUGCUGGCGUCACCGAAGGCAAAGGGAAGGAGGAUGGCGACAGCGGCCCUGCCACCGCUGGCCGUGAGCCCCUUCCAGGGACCAAUGCCGGUGGCCCCGUCCCCAUCAGCGAGGGCUCCGUCACUAUCCCCUUCUCCGUCCUCAGUAUCAUUCAGAGCAAGGGCUCUGGCAACGAUGCCAGUGGCCCUCAAAGCAAUGGCCUUGCCACCCAUGGCUUUUCCAAGAAGCAGAGGCAGCCGGGGCCCAGGGCGGGCAAGUCCGGCCCUGGGUCCUACUGGGAGGAGGACUUCUGCUGGGCCGAAGGCUUCUGCUUUGACCCCUACGAAGAAGUCUGGAUCUGGGUCUCCAUGACCGUCUGCAUCCUCUGGAUAAUGUACCUGUACAAGUUCAGCCCUGACCACUCCCCACGGGUGUGAAGUGUGGCGCCUCUCGUUGGUCCCCACUUCAUCCCCCAGCAGGGCCGCCUGGGCAGCCAGCGAGCCAAGUGACCUCCCUGUCCCACCAGCAAGCCCCCGGCCGCCUUGGCCGCCCCCUGCUUCUGUGUUCUGUCUCCUGCCGUGAGUUGUGGUGUCGUGGCAGCUCACGCCGUGGUCAUCCCCCGAGCUGACCGUGUGUGUUCCAGGCGCUUUUCUGUACGUGUGUUAC